CGAGAGACCUGGAGUUGGUUGCUCGCUCCGAGUUGCUCAUUUUAGUCCUAAAGGGUUGACAUGUAACGAGGAGCGUGUCCUCUUUCCGGUGGUUUCUGGAGGGCGGGCGCCUAACUUCAGACACCGCGUGCAAACCUAAAGGAUUGGCACCAUGGCUAUUGACUGGAUUGGCUUUGCGUAUGCUGCAUUGGUGGCUGUUGGAGGUGUUUUAGGAUACACUCGUAAAGGUAGUAAAAUCUCUUUAGCUGCUGGUCUCACAUUUGGUUCUGUGGCUGGUUAUGGAGCUUACUGUGUGACACGUGAUCCAAGAAAUGUGAAGAUAUCAUUGUUUUCAGCUUUUCUUUUGACCGUUAUAAUGGGGAUGAGGUUCAAGAGGUCCAAGAAAUUAUUGCCAGCCGGACUAGUAGCAUGCCUGAGAGGUGCUGCAUUCAAAACUGCUGGGAGCUCAGCACCUUUGAAAACUGGGAAGAUUCUGACCCCAGAUAUAAGAACUUUGCCUUUUGAUGAUUUUGAGGCUUGUUUUUAUGGUGCUGUAGAAGAAUUUAGCAACUUAAGAACUGAAAUAUGACUAUCAGUCAUGCCCACCUGGCAAACGGGCAGGCUUUCCAUACUUGAAAGAUAAGUUUGGACACAAGUCUUAUUGUGUGUUUAUCUUUUCUGUAAAAGAUCUGUACAACUUGGCUAUUGGCAUUUGCUGAUAUUUUGCCAGCUCUUUUUAAAAACAAAAAUGAAUAUUUUGUUGAUGAUGUAUUUUGAUCUACUUCGGUUUAAGCUGUCUGUUAACUCAAGGGACCUUUACUUGUAAUCCUGAUUGUUUUCAGAGGUGCUGAGCACCCCAAGAAAUUGAGUUAGCAAUGCACUAUAUUUUUCAAAGGAAAAACAUAUGUAGAUAUAUCAUUAUGCUGAAGAGGUAUAUUGUAUUGAAUCAUAAUUUUGUAGUUUCUGAGAUUAAGUAAUUGAUUCUAAUCAUAGCAUCAGUUACUACUCAAUAAAGGCAUGCGCCUGUACUGUGUUGCACUAGAAAACAGACCUUCCUUUCAAACCCAGCUAUCUUCUUCUGUUGAUUCUAAAUGUGAAAACUAUAAUUGAUGUUCAAAUAAAGAGUAAAACGUUUGAAGCUUC